CGGGAAGUGACGUGCUGCGUCAAGUGGAAGUGACGUGCGUCGCGUGCAGGCCCGGACCGGCGGGGGGGGUCUGGACAAGAUGGCUGGAUCCACAGUUAAAGUACCUCGUAAUUUUCGCUUGUUGGAAGAACUAGAAGAAGGGCAGAAAGGAGUAGGUGAUGGUACAGUAAGCUGGGGCCUUGAAGAUGACGAGGACAUGACACUCACCAGGUGGACAGGAAUGAUUAUUGGGCCACCAAGGACAAACUAUGAAAACAGAAUAUACAGUCUGAAAGUAGAGUGUGGACCUAAAUACCCAGAAGCACCUCCUACAGUUAGAUUUGUAACUAAAAUUAAUAUGAAUGGAAUAAAUAAUUCCAAUGGAAUGGUGGAUGCACGAAGCAUACCAGUGUUAGCAAAAUGGCAAAAUUCUUAUAGCAUUAAAGUUGUACUUCAAGAGCUAAGACGUCUAAUGAUGUCCAAAGAAAAUAUGAAGCUUCCACAACCUCCAGAGGGACAAACUUACAACAAUUAAUUUUAGCCGAUUCUCAAACUUCUGUCUUAAAACAACAACCUUCUACUCAUGUUAAUGUCUUGAUUAAAUCUCACAAUGCAAACACCCACACAUUAAAAGAAUUUCAGCUGGUAUACAUGACCUGGACAUUUGUAAGAAUAUAUAUAAUAUAUGUAUGCCCAAUAUGUUUUCAGGCACUAUGGGAGAAAAAGGCAGCACAACUCUUUUUUUUCUUCUCUUAUCCGAGGCACUGUCAUUUAAGCAUAAGCCUGAAAUAGCCUAAAAUUGGAAUUCAGGUUUUACAAGAUGAAAGCAUGACAGAAAGUGUCAGGUUGCUGUGGAAUAAUAUAUGUUUCUGAAAAUAAUCUCUUGAGAAGGCAAAAUAUAAAUGGCAUGCUUUAUCCAUCUUGCUUAGUAAAAGAGCUGCAGUUCAAUUUGUUUUGAGGUAGCAGGUACAAGUGAAUACCGUUGCUCAUCUUGUUUUAAUUUCGCAAGGGUGUGGGUGCCGACUACUAGUAGUGUCACACAGUAUGUUCAGGAUUGUUUUGAUACCUGUAUUUAUAAACUGGGGGGGAUUCAGUUCUGUUAAGCAGCUCCUGUGUGUUACAUGUAUCGGACAUGGCAAAUAUUUGUUUACAGUCUUUGUUCUAAUAAACCAUGCAUUUAAGUUUUAGUGAAACAAAGGAAAUGUAUGGAUAUGUGAUUGAGAUUAAAGUUAGUCUUAAAAUGUAAAUAAAAUGUGGAAAGUGUCUGAGGCUGUGCCAUUUCUAUAAUAGUGAUGUAAUAUAUGUACAGUAACCUGCAGAAGUAGUGGAGAGCCAAACAUAAUGUUGCUGCUGAUUUUACAGGCACCUUUUAUUCUUGCCGCAUUUGUAUGCUUGGUUUCCUUGAGAGGUCGAGGCUAUUCCGUUGUGGCAGGGGAGUAGGUUCUGUCAUUUGCAGUGCAACCUCUGUAGACAGGCUUGCAGUGUAUCUCUAGGGGAAAAAAAAGUUUUCAAAACCUACCCAAGCCCUAACAAUCCCAAAUUAAAACCAAACCCCCUUGGCCUACCCACCUGCCCUUCACCUCUCUCCAGAUUCUUUUCAGAAAUGAGCAUAACUUUCACUUUGCUUACAUGACCUCUGAGCAGUUUUCCGACCACAUUUGCUGAAGUAUGUCCUCCUACUCAAUCUUUUGUCUUGCUUUUGCAGUGACUGCCUUGAGUCUUGCAUUCUUCCAUCUCUUCCUAAGUUUUUAAGUGUGUGGAUUUCUUUUUUGUUUGGUUGGUUUUUGGUGAGUGUCUGUUGCACUUCUGCCUUUUCUGAAUCACACAAAAAAAAGAAGCUUCAGGAAGCUUUAAUAAAAAUUACAUCUGUGAUACAGGUCGUCAUAUUUCCAUCUGUGUUGCAUCUGUCAUGUCAUGACAUCACUGCCUUUGUAGCUAGAACUCUCUCUGCCUCUCCUGCAGUUGUCUGGCUUUUUCAAUGUGUUCUGUCUGGUGAGUGCUCUGGUUUUAGUUCUGUUCCUGAUUUCUGCUAAGUAGCUCAUACCAUCCUUUUGGAAAUGAUACCUCCCUCCCUCCCUCCCUAUUUGGAGAAUGCAAGCCUUUAUUCAUUUUGGUGAGAACAUGUAUCACUGGGAGCAAGUCAAGAGUUUACUUAGUGUUCUUUGGAAAAAGGGAGUAUGAUCAAAAGCUAUCAACAGCCAGGUGACUUCCUUUGAGAUGCCUUUGCCUGUUUCUGAUGUAAAGAGAGAGCCUUUCAAAGCAAUAAACUAGAUGGGGUUGUUGCUUUUCUUUCUUCAUAUUU